UUCGAUAUCGUAUCUGACAUACUUUGGGUAUUAAGUUCAUGCACCCUAGUUGACAAUUAUUUCUGUUAACAAUUAUUCUAUUUUAUUCUUUAAUACAAGAAAGUUGAUAGAAGAUAGUUAUAUCGUGAUAGGUAAAACGAAAUUCGAUUCGAUUCGAUUCGAUUCUACAGUCGAUUUAUAUGUCAGACAUGAGUGCCUCUCCUCUCACGAGGCACUCUUUCGAGAGGUUAUUUUCGUUUUACACCUUUUGCCACUUUCUGCCUUUCUCCUGAAAGACGAACAAAAUAAAAAUUACACGAUAUAGUUUUUGUGCUCUGCUACUUAUUAAUAUCCCACUACAUCAAAAAUCGCUGUGGAAUUUAAUUACGUGUUAAAGGUAGAUAUAUAGUAUAUGUUCUGCACGAAAUGUAACCAAUAGAUACUUGAUUUCGAUACGAGAUCACCAGUUUUCUUCGAAAGUGAGAGGAGAAAGGGCUGAGCGGAUAAUGAUUUUACUUUUGCUUUUGUACUGAACCGGUUUUUACUACCCUUACCAGAAGACUAUACGGCUGGCACCGAUAUUUCUGUUUUUAGAUUGGCAUAUAUACUUUAAUGUGCUUACUAUGACGCAUCCAUGCCACGAAUAAUCGAAUUAUCAAAUAAGACUUUAUUUCGAGCGAUGAAUGAAGGAAAAAGAAGUUUGUUAGAAAAAACGUUCGAUUUCUUUUAGAAAUGUAAUAAAAAUUUACAUAUAUAAGAAAAAGUUAAUCGUGUAUGGGAGGCCCAAUUAAUACAAUCUUCGAUAGAUUCAUGACAUGCCGUAGCAGUAUCUUGUUACUUGUAUAACAUAACCUCGCUUUAUUUUAUAGAUAAGCAAAGACAGCAAGUCCUUUCCUCGCACGAGUGCAUGCGGACAGAUACAGAGCGGCGCGAGCGUAGAAAGAACCAGAUGAUCCAGAUUAGUCCUUUUACUUUGGACGUUCUUUUAGUCUUUGAUAAUCCUUUCACCGUUCUCUCCUUCGGCCGUGAAUCGCCUCGCGCGGUUCACAUAUCAGAAUUGUCGAUUACUCUCACCAUUUUUACAACAGGAAAUUACACUACGACUUCGCGUAGGAAGUACUGCUACCUAAUACGAUCUCCUCGUCCGCGGAAGACUCAUAGAGGAAAUCCGAAAGACGAUUGUACUAUUUAGCGACGCGUGAAAACAUUUUGCAUAGCGAGAUUAGAUAGCCGAAUUGAAAUCGCUUUCAAAGUAUAUUUACUUAAUCGAUUAAUACUCUGGAAUUUAUAUACAGAGGACAUAUAUCUGCAACAAAAUAUUUAACAAUAUUUCCAGCUCUUCAAUGAAUUGUAGUAUUCUCUGCAGAUCUAGAAAGUCGAUCGAAUAUAAUUUUAAAGCUAAAAGGUGAACGGUAGUUGUCAGACAAUAAGUAUCGUAUACAUACACUUGAAUUUUCUAAUUGAAUUUUGAUUCUUAAAACAAUCAUAAUGACCACAAUAAAAUGUCAUAGCGCAAGAUUGUAUGAAACUUUCGAUCACGUACGAUUGUACAUAUCACGCGCGAUAUUAACGAGCUCCGAAGACCGUAUAAUUUACACGCUGAAACUGUUGUCAGGUAAUUAUUUGAAAGAAAGAUUACAGUAUCCAACAUGCGAUGAAAGAGCGUAACACGGUGGUUCUCAAUGGACUCAUCGCCAUUUAUUCUUCAAUGCGAAGAAGAAAUUAAUGGACAAAGGUAUUGAAUCAUCAACGAGAGAAGCUGCUUGACGAGGUUAGUUACGGAACCAGGAAUUCCAUUUCGAUUGAUGGAGGAUGCGCAUUCAGAGAGGAUCGAUUUCAAUUGCACUUGAAAUCAAGCGUAAUGUUCGUCGAGGGAGACCGGACGUAGCGGCGGUCAUUGAACUCACGGAACGCUACGAGAAAAGUACGGAAAAAAGGGGAGAAGCGGAGACAAGAUUGGAGAACGUAAGCCAGUCGGAAAGAGAGUGCUUUCUUCGUGAAUCGGUGACGGUGAAGGUCCUCGUAUAUAAGUAAGUGCUGGUAGUGCAAUUGUCAGUGUGACUCGUCCCAUCGGAAACACCUAUCUGCUUACACCUACGAACCGGAUGACAAUGUGGCGAAUAUUCUUAUUCACUUUGACUGUGGCCGCCGCGAGAGCUUCUCAUUUUUCAUCCCUGGAAGGGCAUGGUCUUGUCAGUGAACCAAAGCUUAUCUCUCAAUCGGUUCAUCUGAAGGAGAUACCGACGAAGAUCAUCAAAGUCACAAAGACUGCAGUUGUCAAAGUGCCAGUCCCUUAUCCAGUCAAGGUACCCCAUCAUAUACCUGUUCCGGUGCCAGUAAACCAUCCUAUCGCAGUUCCGUAUACGAAGCUAGUGAAAGUCCAGGAACACGUGCCAGUCGAGGUAUCCAAGCCGGUUCCGGUUCCGAUUCAUCAGCAAAUACCGGUGGUGGUGCCAAAGGCUGUCCCGGUACCACAACCGAUUCCGGUUCCUCAUCCGGUAACAGUGAAUAAGCCUGUCUUCUACCCAGUGCCACACCCGAUUCCAUAUCAGGCGAGUAGCCAUUCCGAGGGUGGCAUCGGUGGCGGAGUUAGUGGAUAUGAUUCCGAAGGUCAUGGAGGCCACGAACCGGAAAGCUACAGCUCUUACACGGUGAAUCAGCAAGGUCACGAUCAAGAUGGACAAGGAGGACACUUCCAACCCUCUCAACCUGAUUAUAAUUCGCAUCAUUGAAUGCUCUUUGCAAUUUCAGUUGUACAUACGCUGUACUAUUAUGCCUGAUUCGUUAAGUUUCUGUUUGUAGUUUGUUCUUGU